AUGAUGGAUAGCCUCCUUGCUCGUAAACCUGUCGGACAACUUAACACCUUGCCCGAAAUGUCCAACUACUUGCUUGCCCUGCUCGCACGUCUGCUGACGACCGACCCCCCGCGCAAAACGCCUGAAACCCCUCCCCCAAUCAGUUCUGGCCAAUCUGCACCCCUAUCUAAACUUACUCCACAUCUGACAAGCAAAGACACCUACACCGGUUUCUUCCAUGCCUCUUUUACUAUGCUAGCAUAA